AUGUGCCAUGCACAGCUAACACAAGCCAUUGCGCAGUGCGUUCGCCCCACAUAUUCAGAGUAUGGUCAUCAUCUUUCCGGUCACGUUAUUACAACAAGUAAAACUUUCAGCAUUACCGAGUGUGUGAUGUUUUGCUUGAACGAGUCUCGCUGCAAGAGUUUGAACUUUCGUUUAAAAGAUAAGUCAUGUGACUUGAAUUCUGCAAACAAACGUACUCAUUCAAGGGAUUUUGGUCCGAAAGAAGGAUCAGUUUAUAUGAACAAGGUAUGGUAUUGGCGAAUUCUAUAAAAAGAAAUUAAACGAAAUAAUGGUUAUCUGGCAGUACAUAUCGAAAAAUUAUGCUAUUUAUUUCUAAAUCCGUAAUCCUCCCACAGUCAUGCUGACUUGAGAGACGAUAAUGUUUUCAUACAUUUGUCGUCUCACUUUUGCCGCCUGUGAUUGGCUCACAUAUAGAAUCAGAAAAUGACCUCGCAGUAUCUUAAUGUGUUCCUCACGUACGAUUCAAAAUUUCAGGUUCGAUUAAUAAAAUCUCUAUCCUAAAAAGUGACAUUUCUGCCUCUGGUUCGGCCUUUUGUCCAAACUUGAGAAGAAAAAAUACUCUUGUAUUAGGCUUCGUUGUUUCACGAUUGCGAUCAACUAGUGAAUACAUCCUUUCCCGAAUAACCGAAAACAUUUUGCAAUUAUUAUAUAAGAUGCAUUUGUGUUAUUGACCAACCAUCUUUCUUGGAUGGUUGUUUGUUAAAAUAGGGCGUGGUACACGGGGCUCCCAAAUAUUAGCAACAGAGAAAUAAGUAAACAAAUAAACAAAUGCGUGAAUAAAUAAAUGAUUGAAUAAACGAAGCCAUGUAGUCAAUAACACAUCAAAACACAACAUAACAACUUUAUUUAUUAAGUGUCGAUGUCUUCAGCUUAGAGAGAGCUAUUUGGGAACACUAAAAAAUAAUAGGAAAAAACAAUUAUAGAAUGAGUUUAUACAGGGUAUUAUAAGGCAAAUUCAUAAUUCACUAAAGAUCUAAAAUUUAUCAAAAGUUAAAAUUUAAAAGUUACAGAGUUGUCCCCGCUAAAAUAUACAGAAAAAUGCUAAAAAUAUUUUUCAAGGAUUUGAUAUUGAAUAAAAUGCACCGACCGGUCCAGGAUUUGUGCUUACAUCACCGCAGGACAGGAGACGCAGAAUUUGGGUAGCGAGUAAUUCUCAUGGCAAAGCAGCCUUUCGGGCGAGUAGUACAUGCGACAUGUCGGAUAAUAUGUUGUCGCGAACUUUGAUAGAAAAGAGCCUCCUUAGCAUAGGUAACCUCCACAAAACGGUGCCCGUUGAUAGAGGCCCGGGUCAGUCGUGUAUUAAGAGAGUAAAAAUUGCUUCAAAGUAAGAAACAGAGGCAUAGCAUGUUGACGAUGUAGGACUAACCCAUCACUGAUCCGACCGCUAUGAGCACGUAACCAUAAUCUAUGAUGGUUAUUUCUGCCAAUAACCAUCUACAAUCUAUAAUCUACAGGAUGAUGAAUUCAAGUCUUGUUCAGAAAUUCUAAAGAAAUUGCCCCAUGCGGAAAGCGGCUACUACUGGAUAACUAUUGGAAAUAGAGACGUACAAGUUUACUGUGAUAUGGAAAAACAUGGUAAGUACAAAAGGAUAAAAUAAAAAGCAAAGUGUAAAUUGUACUUUAAAAAAAACCUUAAAUUCUGCCUCUGGUAAGAGAGAAAGGUUACAAGUUCUGUUACUGUUUUUGACCAGUGGUAGUUUUGCUUUAGUUGAAAUUUCGGCCAAUGCACUGAGGUUGAAUUGUCACUUUUGCCAGUGAUAGAGCUUCUGAGUACCUUUUCAAUCCCAAGUAUCCGAUAUAUCCCAUGCUAAAAAUGUAUAAGCGUUUCCUGGGAAAAGUAGGUCUGUACAUUUUGUCGAGGAAACAAUCGCGGGAGUAAAAAAGGAACAAAUAAAGGUAUAUAUUGAGGUUUUAGUUGUUUCGCAUUUGCACAUUUAUUCACUUAAUCUUUUUCUUUUUCUCCCUUCUUGCUACUAAGAAAAUUUCUUAAGCAUGAAAUCGUGAAAUUCCCUUUUAAUGCUAUCGGAAAGUUUAUCACCGAGUAAGCGUCCUAUCUACAGUUUUCUCAGCUCACUUUUAUAUUUAUCGAACAAAGACAACGUUUAUAAACUGAAAUGCGGCUACAUUUUGUAUUUUAAUUUUAUGCAGGCGGUGGAUGGACCUUAGCCGUGAGCAUCAGUUCCAAGAACAACGAUCAUCUUCAAAGCGAGGCCAACAACUGUCUCAACUCCGUACUGUGCGUUCCUUUUACGUACAAGAACCAGGGUAGAAAAUUGAGUGACAGCGAUAUACAUGAAGUAGCAAAGGAAGAAGGUGAAUAUGAAAAAAAGACAAAUAACAAUGAUGAUAAUAAUAACAAAAAUGGUAAUAACAGUAUGACAUAAAGAGCGCCUAUAUUGAGGAUUUGAUCAAUCCACAUUCUGAGUUUACAUAAUGUGUGUUUAAUAGCUCUUUUUAAUGUGCAUUAUAACAUUCUUAUUUAUAACUCAUUAUAAAUCAUUGUCAAGACCCCUCCCUAUUCAAUGUUGCAUUUUGCAGCUCAACGAUAACGGGAAUCGCCAAUCAUCAAUUGCAGACUGUAAAGAUUAGUCUUCUGCGAUUCGUAAAGCGGCCGGCGCUUCGCGAAACUCAUCCAAGCUAGAACUUAGUCAGUUAACUAAGUGAUUGGUGAAACAGGCGGAAAUAAUUGGUAUUUUCAACGAUCUGAUAAAUCAAUUGAAAAUUUUCUCUAAAUGACAAAACGUCUCCUGUUUUUAUUUUUUAUUAUUUUUAUUUUUUAUUUAUUCAUUUACUUUACUAGUUAAAACAGCUAACAGGUUAACAGUGAUGCAUAUAAAGGUUUUCUAUUCCUGAAACAUUGGUUUGGAAUUAUUAUCUGAGUGGGUUUGUCAAGUAAAGGUGAAGGCUGUGUAUUCAACUAUGACUUUACAAAGCGAGAUUAGUUAUUCACUAUUGUUAUGGUAACAACAUUCAGACACGAUCGGUCUUACAUCUAUAUAUCAAAAUGUUGUCUUGUAAAUGUAAGGGUAUACACUUAAAUCACUUUAUAAUGGGUAACGAAACACUUCUUUGCAUUGCAGUCAAAAGUAUUUUUGUGUCCUUCCAGGAACUUUUAGGGUCGAUGUGUUACAAAGUGAUGGCGCUUUCUUGCACACAGUAUUUUAUCGGGUAAAUGUCUGAUACUCAUUUAUUUGAUCAUUUAUUCCAUACGUUCUUUUACGGAAGACGACUUCAUGAAAAAUGUACCGAAGCUGGAAGGUAACGAAAUUUAUUCAAAACCAAUACGAUGAGCGAAUAAUUGAACACAGAAUGUUUCUAAGAUGAAUUAAAGCUGUUACUUCAAUCUCGUUUCCUUUUUUAUGGAAUCAGAGCAUGUCGUUGAUAGCAAGAGCAUGAAUUUUUAAGUGGUUAGUUUAAGAAUAUGAAAAAGUAAAAUAAGCUCCUCACGAUUAUACUAUGAAUUAGUCUCUUUUUUUUUCUUACUUUUAAGAUACCCAGUGGGCAAAACAAAUUCAACUCAACAUGUCAUCAGGGAAAGUAAGUUAACUAUUUUUGUUUCUAUUAAUCGUUUUUGCCCAACUUGAUUGUCGCAUUUCAAACAGCAAUACCAAAAGGCAAUCUUAGAAAGCGCAUGUAUCACGAAAACAGUGCUAUGGAAUUUGGGUGUUUAUUUAAACAACAAAAAGUGCUUCUCGUUGAAAGAAUGAAGUUGACAUCAAUAUAGCACAGAGCCGGAACACCGAUUAGCGUGGCGAUAAGGGAAAUCGUUCCACAUGUCAAGCUAUACCCAUAAGCCGUCACAAAUUCUCGACACUUCCCCAAUUUAUUAUAGUUUAACGCAUUUGAAGUUCUUUCUUAGUGUAAAACUAUGAAAGACUGGCUGACCGCUUCAAUUCCCAAUGCGAUAUAGGGCUGUUGCUUGAUUACUUAUUCUGAAAAAAAAGAAAAAAACCUUUCUUUUAUUUCAGUUGUCCACGUAUUAUCAUAUCCCACUCCUAUCCAAAUGGUUGGGAGAGUAGCAGCUGCACAGGGAUUGAAAAGGGAUAUCUUAUCGCGCCGAACAACCACUGGGGUAAGUAAAUAUGUAAAAAGGUAAAUGUGUUCGUGGACAUGUAAUAGUUUUGCGGAUUGUGUAUUCCCAGCGUGUGUAAAAGCCUGUUCCAAGCGUUCAAUGUGACAAAGCGGAGCGCGAUCUUUAAACGACAGAUGAUAAAGGCGGAACCAAAAACAAAGGAGGCUUGAGUCGGGGCCCGCCACGGACCCGUUUCUUUUUGCUCCGCAGUUACUAUUGCGCCGUUUACUAUCGCGCUUUGUUUUACUUAUUGAACAUCUGGAACAGCUUUGCGUUUAAGUAAAACCCUCUCUUCCACUACGAAGGAAGAAACGAUGACACAGACCGUAGUAACCCUUGGGAGUAUCCAAAGGAGCAAGUACUUGCAAAGACAAAGGGGAUCUUCCAGGCAUUUUGGCUGACAGAAACUAAAAGCCAAGUAAUUUCAAUUGCUUACCAGAGCAAAGCAUAUAAAUAACAGAAGCCAUUCAGAGCAACGCCAGGAAAUGCAAGCGAUUAAGUUUCACUUUUUAGUAUUUGAACACCCUUUGACUUAUUGUGCGAAUUUGUUCAAAAAUAACUGUAGUUUUUGAUGGACAUGAUAACAGAGAGUGCGGCGGCUUGUCUUGGUCUUCGUCCCAAUACAGUGAGUAAUAAUAAUGAGAUAAUAGAUAUGAGAUAGUAAUUUCCACAAUCAUUUAUUAAUAAGCAAAUAUUGCUGUAAAUUUUUUAAAGCUAAUUUACUAGCAUCUUUGACUUCUUUCUCUUGACCAAACGAAAUAAAGCGCUAUUCCCCAAUAGUCAGAUAGACCGAGUUUCUUUGGAUGGAUCUAGGGAACAGCUCCAUGUGAAUUUUUACAAUUUAUUCCUCAACCUUUUCUAUGUUUUGCUCUUGCUUGUUUGUUUUUUCUUUUGUUCUUGUUUUUUUAAUCUAGUUUUCCCUUAUUUUUUCCUUUUUUCCCAGUGGUAGUUCGAAGAGUGUAGCAUACUUUCGUUGAUAAUGGUUUAAAAUAUCUGAUUCAAGAGAGCCUUGAUGCUUAGCAUGUUACAAACAUAUCACUUUUCCGUUAAUAAUUUCAUCCCAAACAGGUAACGGAAAACGUGCCCUGUAUGGUUACACAUUUGGCGGCAAUCGUGGAAUAUACUAUAACAAUGCGGGGAUGAUGUACGUUAAAUAAACAUUGGACAGGUGUUGGCAUAGAUAAAUCUGAUGUGAUAUGUAAAGUUACUAUGAUUUACACAACCUUAAAUCGAAAAUUUAUCAAGGGGAAAAUUAUUUCUUACAUAGCGUUCAAGGGGAGAAAACUCCUUUCACAAACAGUUCGCCGUACUAGAGCUAUGGAUUAACCGAGGAAAUGUACCGAUGAUGAUUGAUAGAACGAUUUAUUUGUAAUUCCUAUAAGACUUAAGAGUUGACUUCAGAUUUAUUACUGAUUAAUCUAUGACUGAUUAUAGUUAGAA